UCUGGCUUCAGCGUUGCUGUCAGUACCAUGACAACAGCGGGUCGAGUGUGAGGAGCUGAGAUGUCUUGAGCUACCUGGUUUUACCACACAGUACUAGAGAAAACAUCACUGCAUUUACUACAGGAUGUCUUUGUUUAAGGCCCGUGAUUGGUGGGCGUCGGUGCUGGGCGAGGGCGAGGAGUUUGACCAGGGAUGUCUGUGUGUUGGGGAUGUGGAUAACAGCGGUACUGGAUAUGAUAAGAUUAUAGUGGGCAGUUUUAUGGGGAUGUUACGCAUCUUCUCACCACACCCUGCUAAACCGGAUGAGCUGACGGAAGCUGACACCCAACUGCUGGAGGUCCAGAUGCCUGACCCCAUCAUUCAAGUGGAGCUGGGCAAGUUUGUCUCUUGUUCAGAGUCACUGCAUCUGGCAGUUCUUCACCCCAGGAAGCUGUCUGUCUAUGCUGUAUCAGGCACCGCCGGUAAUGUUGAACAUGGUGACCAGUAUCAGCUGCGACUGGUUUAUGAACACAACCUGCAGAGAACAGCUUGCAACAUGACGUAUGGCCCAUUCGGUGGUGUUACAGGUCAUCAUUUCAUCUGUAUCCAGUCCAUGGAUGGGAUGCUCAUGUUUUUUGAGCAGGAGAGUUAUGCUUUUGGUCGCUUCCUGCCUGGUUUCCUGCUGCCCGGCCCAUUGAGUUACUGCAUUCGCACAGACUCCUUCAUCACCGUCUCCUCCACACGGCAGGUGGAGUGUUACAGAUACGAGACGCUGGCUGUGGCCACAGAUGCAGACACCAAACAAGACUCGAAUCAGCAAAGCAAGAGCUCAGGAAAAAGACUGACUGCUGACUGGACUCUUGUGUUAGGAGAAGAGGCUCUAGAUAUCUGUGUUCCCAACACGUCUCCGGCGAUGUCCUCCAUCUUUGUGCUGGGGGAGAGAAAUCUGUUCUGUCUCAAGGACAACGGCCAGAUCCGCUUCAUGAAGAAACUGGAGUUCAACCCCAGCUGUUUUCUUCCUUAUGCAUCAGUGUCCGAGGGUUCCACCAACGUCCUGAUGUGUAACCAUAACAACAUGCUGCUGGUGUACCAGGAUGUGACGCUGAAGUGGGCCGCGCAGCUGUCCUGUGUGCCUGUGGCCGUGCGUGUCGCUAACUUUCUGGAACUGAAGGGUUUGGUGGUGACUCUGAGCUCUGAUGGGCAUCUCCAGUGCUCUUACAUGGGCACUGACCCCUCCUUCUUUACUGCACCCAAAGUGGACGCUAGAGAGGUCAACUAUGAUGAGAUCGACACAGAGAUGAAAAUGCUGCAAAGGGUUAUUCGCGAGGCUACCAAAACACAAGACAUUCUCCCGAGGGCAGAGACCGAAGAAGAGCUCAGACUGACCGCCGUAGUCUCAUCUAGCCUGGACGAAGUCUCGUGUGCUAUUAUACCUGAGAUGAAUGGGAUGCCUGUGCCCUCUGUCACAGUAAAGGUUAAAAUAAAGAGUCGAGCUGUGGUGCAGAACCCCAAAAUGACGGUGUGUGUUCAGCCUCCUUUGGCUGUCACACAGGACCAGUUUGUGUUGGACUCUAUGGGCAGUGGCAGUGAGUUAGUGGUGAGCUUCUCAGCGUUUCUGAACGGCCUCUAUCCUCCAGCGGAUAUGAGCGGAGACAUCGCCGUGUCCUACAGCUCAGCUACAGAGCUCAACCCUUCAGGAAUCCCACGGGUGUCUCAGUGCAAAUUCAGCCUGCCUCUUCGGUUAGUGUGUUACCCUUCCUCAGCCAUCAAAAAUGCCAAGUACAAGAUCACUGUGGACACCAACAAACCUCCCGUCAACCUCAAUGAAGUCUUCCCAGAUUUCUCAGAAAAGUCGGAUAAUAAUGACAGCAGUGCUUUGGGCUUCCAACUCAUCACAGGUUCCAAGGUCAUUGUUCUUGCCUCCAAAACGUCCCAGCGUUACAGGAUCCAGAGCGAGAGCUUUGAGGAUAUCUGGCUGGUGGCCAAGGAGCUGGUGCAGCGUUUCGACCAGCACUUUGCCUCCCUUGGAGUCAAAGACUUUCGAAACAGCUUCACUGGACCCAUUCCACUGCCUGAGUACUUUGAGACCGUGGACCACCACUUUGAGCUCCGUGUGAAUGCACAGAAGUAUCAAGACUUACUGUCGGAGAGGGCAGUCCAGUUUAGGGCCAUCCAGCGCCGUCUGCUGACCCGAUUUAAAGACAAAACUCCAGGGCCACUUCAAAACCUGGACACACUGAUGGAGGGAACGUACCGUCAGGUUCUAGCAUUAGCAGACGCAGCAGAGGACAACCGUGAGCGUUUGAUCCAGGCGUUUGCACGUUUACGGAGCGCGACUCACCUCCUCAUCCUGCUGCUGUCUCUGUGGCAGGGGCUGAACUCCGAGCAGACCACCAUCCUGGAGGCCACUCUCCUGCCACUGCUGCAGGACACACCGCAGCUUGGGUGGGAAGAGAGCGUGGAUGCAGCCGUCUCUCACCUCUUAAAAACGUGUCUGUCACGCAGCCCCAAGGAUCAGGCUAUCAGCUUGAGCACGGGCCCGCUAACCAUCCCGAAAGACACGUCCCGGCUGAAGAAACACAUAAUGCUGCUGUGUGACCGCUUGGGCAAGGGUGGCCGUCUCUCUCUCUCCUCAGAGGCCAAUGUGCCUACUGCUGUCAUGAUGCCAGCUGCUUGUGAGACCAUCCCUGAGCCAAUAAUUGAGCAGGAUGAGGAAGCACCUCUGCAACAGGACGCCGCAAAGUAUAUUAAGAAGAAACAGUCAUCCAAGAGGGUCAAGAGCAAAUCAGAUUCGUCUAAAGAAUCAUCCAAAGAAAAGAAGGAGAAAGACCCAGGAAAAGAGUCCACAAAAGAAACCAAGAAAGACUUUGGAAAAGAGAAGGAGGCAAAGGUGUCAACGAAAGAGUCUAGAAGAGAGUCAACAAAGGAGCCCAAAAAAGAGUCAACAAAGGAGCCCUCAAAAGAGUCGUCAAAGGACAAGGAGUCACCCAGAGAGAAAGAGCCAUCAAAGGAGAAGACCAAGGUGUCCAGAAAGUCUUCCGUGAAGGCCAAAGAGAAGAAGUCUGAGGCGGGAGACGGCUGAAAACACUUGCAUUUUAUUAGCCGCAUCUCAUCCUGAGCUUUUUGCUGUAAUUGUAGAGUCAAUAGCAUAGUGGCGGCAAAAAGCAUACAAAGGUUUGAGUGUUUUCACUCUCAUUGAAGGUAAGUGGACAUGUAGGACUUUAUAUUUAAACUCAGCUGUCUGCAGCAUGUAGUCUGUGUGUCCAUCGUCUCCCACUGCUCAGCGAAGGCCAACCCUGACGUCCGAUCAGCGAGACCACAGGAAUAACCACAGCACCACCACCUACUGUUCUUUAUCUCCAUCUGUUUGAAUCUCGGUCAGAGCUCUACCUCUUUACAUUUCAGUUCAGUUCAUUAGUAGAGGUGCAGAAUUGAGAGAAAACAUCAUUAAAAUCAAAGGAAAUUCCUCUGGAUCUGUAGUUUUUCUCAAAUUUCUUGGGAUGAAAUUAGCUUGUUAUCAAAUUGGAACCUAUAGUUGCUGUCUGGUGGAAACCUUCUAUUUUGACAUUUCAACAAGUUAAUGCUUUUGAUCAAUCGUUAUUUAUGUCUGUGUGUUUUAAAAAAUCUUUAAUCAAUGAAAAAAGUUAAGUCUGGUCAUUCUAAAGCCUUUCCUUACUCAAGAAACAGCAAAUGCUUGUGUUUCAUAGGUUUGUGGAGCACAGAAGAGUGUCUAGCAUUCGCCAUCAGGUCAAAUUUAGUUUAGUUUAAAGAGAAAAAUCAGCCAAAAAUGAACGUUUACUCACUAUUUACUUGACUUGACUUACUACACUGUUCUUGACUUGUUCCAAACCUGUAUGAGUUUCUUUCAUCUGCUGAACACUAAAGAUGAUAUUCUGACGAAAGCUCAAAACCAUUGACUUCCAUAGUAGAAACAACAAAUACUAUGGUAGUCAAUGGUUACAGGUUUCCAGCUUUCUUCAAAAUGUUUUUUUUUUUUUGUGUGUUUAGCAGAACAUCAUCAAUGUUUUUUAUUAUGUCCAGAUUGGACUACUGCAACUCUUUGUAUUCAGGAGUUUCACAGGCUUCAAUUGUACGCAUGCAGCUGGUUCAAAAUGCAGCUGCUAGGCUUUUAAUUUUUUUUUAACAAAAAAAAAUUCUAGUAUCUCACCAGUUUUAUCUUCUCUUCACUGGCUCCCAGUCCAAUUUAGGAUUUAAUAGAAGCUAUUGCUUCUUGUUUUUAAAGGUUUGAAUGGUCUGGCACCUAUUUACAUCGGUGAGCUUCUUCACUGGCAUACUUCAUUGAGACCAAUCAGGUCAGAAAACAAGUUUCAGCUAGUUGUUCCCAAAUCACGGUUGAAAUCAAGAGGUGACAGGGCUUUUUCUGUCUCAGUCUGAAUGGUCUGCCUUUACAUAUUAGGUCAUGCUCUUCCCUUGGUGCUUUUAAGUCUCAUUUAAUAAAUCACGUUCUGUC